UGAGUAACACUGGUCCUAAUACUAAUCUUUUCCUGUCUGUGCCCCUGCUUGCUACUCUGUGUGUUAUUCUUGGAUUAUUCAUGAUCUUCACUAUUGCCGUUGGAGUAUGGUGUGUGAGGCGUAAGAGGAGGCAAAGGGAUCCCACUCCUCUAGAUCUGCAAGGCUUAAGCAACACAAGUCCCACAGGCACAUCCAGUGGUCAUGACCAGAUAAGGCAGCAUCCAGACAUCAACAUGUACAAUCAAUCUGGAAAAUUGGGCACUGAUGACAGUCAGCAUAUCUAUAAUAUUCCAACUGAUGAUGUUGACACAGCAGUUUAUGAGACUAUAGGUAAAAUCAAUCAAGAAGGUCCAUCUCAAAGAUCUGACUCAGGACAAAUUCAGCAUCUUGGCAGCUUUAACGAUGGUUAUGAGUUUCCAUCUCCCUCCCUGUACCCUGGAGAAGGUCCACAGUCCCACAAACAUGUGAACAGCCAUGUGGCAGCAGCUGCCAAAGAUGCUGUAACUGGUCAACUUGGCAGCUUUAAUGAUGGUUAUGAGGUUCCAUCUCCCUCCCUGCUUUCUGGACAAGGUUCACAGUCCCACAAAUAUGUGAACAGCCAUAUGAUGACAGCAGCUGCUAAAGAUGCUGCAGCUGGUCCACAGGUUACCAUGUAUAAGAAUGAUAAUAAGCUAGUUGAUAACCAAUCACAGACAGCAGCUGCCCCUGGUGCUGACAGCCCUCACCACUAUGAACCCCUGAGGAACCCCAGCAGUCAGCAGCAGCACACAUACACAUCCCUGAUGCCUCAUGGUUUAAAACACAAUUAG